ACACGCUGACUAUGGUGCUUUGCUGGGUACUCACUAGCACUGACCUGCAGCACUCUGAUACAGCACUCAGCGCUGGGACAGUGACUACAACCAAGGCAAAAUGAUUGCAUUGAUCAGUACCUUUGGUGGGUUAUCUGCCACAGAAUUACUUCUUGCAUCUGUGGUCUUUAUUAUGGUCUUCCUACUCAUCAAGUCCCAAAGGCAGAAGGUCCCAAAGGGAACAAAUAGAGUGCCUGGGCCAAUGCCCUUACCACUGAUAGGAAAUCUGCUUUCCAUAAGCAAGAAUCCCCACCUUAGCCUGACAAAGAUGAGCGAGACCUAUGGGGAUGUCCUCCAAAUACAGAUUGGCACAAAGCCUGUGCUGGUGUUAAGUGGGCUGGAAACAAUCAGGCAGGCUUUGUUAAAGCAAGCCGAUGUGUUUUUAGGGAGGCCUGACCUCUUCACCUUUCGCUUGAUUGGUGAUGGACAGAGUUUAACAUUCAGCCAUGAAUCUGGUGAAAUAUGGAAAGCUCGUCGUAAACUGGCAACCAAUGCCCUUCAGACCUUUGCCAAAUCUCCCUCCACAUCUUCUGGCACAUCUCUGGUGGAAGAACAUAUAUCUAAGGAGGCAGAAUAUCUAAUCAAAAGAUUCCAAGAACUCACUGAUAAAAAGGAAGAAUUUGACCCUUAUAGGUAUGUGGUUGUGUCUGUAGCCAAUGUUAUCUGCGCAAUGUGCUUUGGAAAACGCUACAACCAUGAUGACCAAAGCUUCCUGGACAUUGUUAACCUGACUGAUGAGUUUGGGGCAGCAGCUGCGUCAGGAAAUCCUGCAGACUUCAUUCCAAUACUUCAAUAUCUUCCAAGCCGCACCAUGAAGAACUUCAUAGCUAUUAAUAAAAAGUUGACAGCCUUCACACAAAAGAUUGUUCGUGAACACUACAGAACAUUUGAUAAGAAUGCUGUCCGGGAUAUUACGGACUCUCUGAUCCAACAUUCUCAAGAGAGGAAAGUAGACGAAAACUCCAACAUCCAAUUAACAGACCAGAAAAUCGUAAACAUUGUAAACGACCUCUUUGGAGCUGGGUUUGAUACAGUUACUACUGCUGUGUCCUGGAGUCUCAUGUACCUGGUAGCUCAUCCACAAAUACAAGAUAAAUUACAGAAUGAGCUAGAUCAGGUAAUUGGCAGAGAGAGGAGACCAAAGUUAUCAGACAGAGCUGAUCUGCCUUAUACAGAAGCCUUCAUUUUAGAGAUGUUUCGCCAUUCAUCCUUCCUUCCCUUUACUAUUCCACACUGCACCACUGCUGACACUGUACUCAAUGGAUACUUCAUCCCCAAGGGCAUAUGUGUUCUAAUCAACCAGUGGCAAGUUAAUCAUGACCCGACUCUAUGGAAGGAUCCACUUAGCUUCUGUCCAGAACGUUUCCUUAAUGCAGAUGGAUCAUCCAUAAACAAGACGGAAAUGGAAAAAGUCAUGACAUUUGGUCUGGGCAAGAGAAGAUGCAUUGGUGAAGCCAUUGGAAGGAUGGAGGUCUUUCUGUUCCUCACCACCAUGCUCCAGCAGAUGCAGUUCUUUAAACAUGUAGGAGAGAAGCUGGAUAUGUCUGCAGAGUAUGGGCUGACCAUGAAGCACAAACGGUGUCACUUCACCGCCAAACUGCGCUUCCCUAUGAUGCCGAGCCAGUAGAAUGAGGCUGAAUGCUCUGAAAUGUGCAAUCACUUGGUGUGACUUGGUAUUAAAGUCAUAACAUUGUGUCUGCAUACAUUUUAUGCUAUAGACUGGACUCUAUACCAAUCAGCUAAAAGACUUUAUGCAUAUAAGCAAAAAGCUUUGUGUUACUAUAAAACAGAACAUGUUUCCUCAUAAUACAGAAAGGGAAAAUCUUCUGCCAACCAAGGCUGGUAAUUGUCAUACAGUAUAUGAAGGAAUCAGUUAAGUCAAGCUAUUCUAUUUUAAGCUAUAUAUUGUUUUUUGGCAAUUUCUAUACAAUUGCCCAUUCAGGUAUGUCAGGCCUGGCCAAUCUGUUGCUUUGCAGCUGUUGUGAAACUGCACAUCCCAACAUACCCAACCACCAUUUUAUCAUUCCCUAAUAGCAAAACCGUGGCAGGGCAUGCUGGGACUUUUAGUUUCACAACAGCUGAGCCACAGGUUGAUCAGGCCUGAUGUACAUUAACCAAAUACUAUACUUGCCUGUGUCUUAGAGCAUUCCGGAGGCCAACGAGCAGGAGAACAAAGGUGCGGAAACAGUGUUUGUUAUCUUUCUAUAUAUACUUCACUAUUGAACAAUCAAUAUGAUUCCUACCUGUCUAUGCAUGAAUUUAUAUUGCGUUACAUAUGUUUAUCUAAGGCUUCUUGAUCUUUUCUCAAGUUAGUAACACACAGGAUUUUUUUUUUUGUUGCUCACUGAAGUCUUGUUUGCUUUUACACUGACAUCAAAAGCAAAGGCCAUUAGUAUUUAUGUAACCAAAGUUGACAGAAGUUUCAGUUGGAAUUAUACUUGCAUCAAUUCAUAUUCAUCAUAAUGCAACUGGCGCUAUUUAGCACAUUUGACAAAUAUGCAAAGUGUUAUUGCAUACUAACAAGAACAAUCCAAUACUGACCUCAAGCAAACAUUAACUAAUUUCACUUAAAUUAUGCCAAAUCUUGCCAUACAAGCCUGAGACAUUGAGCAGACCUUGUUGGACUCUUAUUUCACAGCUGCCAGCAGUAUCCUAGUAUGACUGGGGUAUGUUAGAUAGACAAGACUUAGGUCGACAGUGUCUAGGUCGACCACUAUUGGUUGACAGUAAGUAGGUUGACAUGGUUUCUAGGUCGACAGGGACUCUAGGUCGACAUGAGUUUUUUUCACUUUUUUUGGUGUCGUUUUCUCCGUACAGUGACAGGGAACUCCAAUUGGUGCACCGUGUCCCCUUGCAUGGCUCGCUUCGCUCACCAUGCUUCUGGCAAGGUUACCGUUCCCAAUUGUAGUCCACGUGGAUCAUAAAGUAUGAAAAAAGUAAAAAAAAAAGUGAAACUCAUGUCGACCUAGAGUCCCUGUCGACCUAGACAUUGUCGACCUAAGUCUUGUCGACCUAGAGACUGGAUCCCAGUAUAAAUACCAUUGUGUCUUUCUAAAGCACACAGGCUAGACUUAGGUGACAAAAUACAGUAUAACACAUUUAGCACUUUUGUUUUGUUUGUUUAUUUGUUUUGCUUGUAAACAUUGUAAAAACAGUUGUGUAAAUUAAAUACUUAUUUUUGCAAAGAAAUAAUGAAAUAAUUGGUGGAAUAUCUGUAUAUUAUGAUCUCUGUGAGAUAAUAAAACAGAGGGUAAUCUUUUCUUCAA